CCUCUCGCCUUCCCCUCCACCCCUGCCCCCCCGUCAAUCACUCUUCCCUCCUCUCUCUACGGCUCACAUCCCUUCCCCUCCUCUCUGUUUAAAGCAUAUUAUCUUUCUCUACCCCCAUUCCCCCAGCCUCUCCCCAGUCAUUACCAUACGCCCAGCUCCGUUUCUCACCACCCCCAGAGUGGAGCGGACCACAGCCCGGUGAACACGUGCACUUACCUCAGAAACUGCAGUGGAACGGAAGUACAGAGGAAGACUUAAAUUAGUGUUGACUGGUACAUCACCCACAAUCACGGCUGGACCAGGUGUGUCGUGACAGCAACCUUUCCGUCACCGUCAGCGGGACCAAAGAACUGAUAAUGGGCUUCAGGAAUGGGAGAUCGGGAGAACACCGCCCAGUCCUCUUCGAGGAAUCAGCAGAGGAAAGUUCUUCCUGUUCUGCAGAGGUUUCAAUAUCGAUUCCCAAAACCCAAAAAUCCAUCGGCAAGAUGCAGACUCGUAUUUCGGAUACCAAGUGCGAACUUUCGGGGGAAAUGAUAAAGCGGAUAAAAUAAUCGUUACGGCCCCCCUUGCGGCCGGCUCAUCCGGGAUGGGGAACGGAGCCGUGUACAGCUGUGAUGUCCGGCGCAGCGGGUGUGACCUCCUCCGCACUCCAGUUUCGCCGGGCGUCCAUGUCCGUGGGUUGGGUCUGUCAGUGUCCACCACCCUCAGCGCCAGCGAACCACAGCUACUGGUAUGUUCACCCGCCCUGUCCUACACAUGCGGAGACAAUACCUACGUGAACGGAAUCUGCUACCAGUUCGACGGGACCCUCGACAACCCUCAAAACAGGACCCCUGCUUUCGAAGGCUGCCCCACCGUCAAGUUAGAUGUGGCCUUUCUGAUCGAUGGCUCUGGAAGCAUCGAGAGCAAUGACUUCGCGAUCAUGAAAGAUUUUAUCCUGAAGGUCAUGAAGCAGUUGAAAGGGAAGGACGCACAGUUUGCCCUCGUACAAUUCUCGGAUGAGGUGCGGACAGAGUUCGCCUUCAAGGACUUCCGCAAGAGCACAGAUGAAGAAGGUCUUGUCCGUGGCAUCCAUCAGAUGGGAACUCUCACCUACACACCCAGCGGGAUCAAAUACGUGGCGGAAAAGAUCUUUCAAGAAGCGGAUGGCGCCAGGCCCGAGGCAAAAAGAAUGAUGAUUGUAAUCACAGACGGUGAAUCCAAUGACGAGAGCGUCACUUUUGCCGCGGCCAUACAAGCGGCAGAGUCCAAGAAAAUCGUUCGAUACGCAAUUGGGGUUGGUGACCUUUUCGACACUGAAAAGGCAAGGCAGGAGCUGAACACCAUAGCGUCACAUCCAUCCAAAGAUUUUGUCUUCAAAGUGAAUAGCUACGCGGCGCUGAAGGAGAUCGAGGAAUCUCUGAAAGAGAAGAUUUUUGCGAUUGAAGGGAGUGGGAGUUCUUCGAAGAGAAGUUCCUUCCGACAUGAGCUGGCACAAACUGGAUUUAGCUCGUAUUUUACCUCGGACGCCAUUUUCCUGGGCGCUGUGGGAUCCAAUGAUUGGUCCGGAGCGAUCCUGGAGAUCCGUAACCGGACGGAGACCUUCGUCAAUUCAAAGGAGAUGCCGAAUGCGUACCUUGGCUACUCGGUCACGGAGAUGCGUCGAAGGGGUGACAGCUUGCUAGUGGUGGGAGCCCCACGUUACAAACACAAGGGGGGCGUCCUCAUCUUGAGGAGGGGGAGCAGCGGAACGGCAUGGGACGAACGCCAACUCAUCUCGGGAGAGCAGAUCGGAUCGUAUUUCGGGGCAGUGGUCUGCUCCGCCGACCUAAACGGAGACGGGGAGACGGAUUUGUUACUAAUUGGCGCCCCAUUAUAUCACAGCUCCGGUGUCGGGGGAGUGGUGAGAGUAUGCAACGUCACCCAGCAGGAUACCGUCUACUGCAAGGGCUCGCUGCAAAGUGAACGGGGGGAUGGCCUGGCACGUUUCGGGGCCUCCAUCGCGGUCCUGCGUGACCUGAACGGGGACGGAUUGUCAGACGUUGCCGUGGGGGCCCCACUGGAGGGCGACCACCGCGGCAGCGUCUACAUCUAUCAGGGCGUCUCCGGUGGGCUGGAGGAGGGCUACAGUCAGCGGAUCGAGGGGAGGAAGGCGGCCCCAGGAUUGGAGUACUUUGGCAGUUCUAUCGUCGGGGAUACGGACCUGGACGGAGAUGGGUUGACGGAUCUGGUGGUGGGGGCUCGUGGAGGGAUUGUCAUCCUCAGGAGUCGUCCGGUUAUGGAACUACAUCUAGAGUUAAAUUUCCAGCCGGCGCAGAUCCCGUGGCCAGAACCGGACUGUGAGAUGGGGAGAACUGACAGAACGCCUAGCCUCACCGGCCACCUCUGCUUCCUGCUCACCCCCAGCUCUCGCCCACCCCCAGGUCCACUGAACGUCACACUGGAGUUCACGGCAGAGCUCGAUCCCGGGAAGCAGCAGAACCGGCUGUGGUUCUCAGCGUCAGGGAAGAAGGCCGUGCAGCAGCUGGCUCUCACCCAACGGCGCAAAUGCAUCCCGUUGAACAUCUCCGUGCAGGACUGCAUGGAAGAUUUCCUCAACCCUGUGAAGUUUCUGCUAGAAUACUGCAUACAGGACGAUGCCGGGGCUGGGCCGCCCGGCGUCCAGCCGGCCUUCCGACACAAGUGCGUCCAGGGCCUUUCUUGGAUGAUCCCGUUCAAUAUCUCCUGCAGAGGUGCGCACGGAUGCGUCACCGAUUUACAUCUCGCUGCUGACUUACCAAGUUCGGGAGUUUUAUUGAUAAAACCGGGAUACGUGCUCGAGGUGACGAUCCACUUGCAGAAUAAAGCAGAACUCGCCCGCCUCCCUGUUCUGCAUUUCGAGCAUCCAGCGGUAAUUUCGUUCCGCAGAGUUACAGUCGUAAAGUUAAACAGAAAAGUUCAAGUCACCUGCACAGACGGGGCCGCUGUCACAGGCAACGUCCACACCAGCUGUAACAUCGGUCAUCCUAUCCUCAGAGAGAAAACAGAGGUUUCACUGUUGGUGACGUUUGAUGUCGCAGACACUGGGAACUUGAGUAAUUCUUUUCUGAUGAAUUUGAAUCUCUCCAGUGACAAUGAGGCACCGGAGACGCUCCAGGACAACAGACUGAGUCUGAACGUCAGUGUCCAUCACCGAGUGAAGCUCGCCGUCCGCAGCGUGCAUUCCCCCGGAUAUCUCAGUUUCACUCUGGGACGGACCUCUACGUAUGAACUCAUUCACAAAUACAAGUUGAUGAACUCCGCCCGACAGUCUUUGCCCAUCUCCGUCUCGUUUUUCAUUGGAUACAAAUCGGACAUCUUCACCUGGAACAUUAAGAAAGUCACAUUGGAGCAGGAACAUUUGGCGAAUCUCGUCAACUGCCUACCUCCGGUAGCGGUCAACGGUCGAGAGUCGGAGGCCAACUCCUCGGUUACCGAGGGCAAACAGGACAGUAACCAAGUGGAAUAUCAGGUGAUUAACUGUACUGUCGAUCAGCUCAGCGACCGGGCAUCUCCGACCCUCGUUCUCAGAGGGCAACUCGACAUCAAUGGUCGGAACAAGGACAAGAUGAGGAAGUAUGAGCUGCGUACUUCGGGAAUCAUGGACUUUGACAGGCGGAGGUACUACCAAGGCGAGGAGGGAGCCGAGGGAGAGACCCUGCUCCGAGCGCACAUUGUGACUGUUAUUGAACCUCUGGUCGAAGUGGAUUCUUUGCCGUACAUCGUCGGAGGAACGGCUGGUGGAUUCGUAAUUCUGCUCCUGGUUGGGAUCGUUUUCUACAAGGUUGGAUUUUUUAAACGCAAGUACAGGGACAUCAUGAAAGACGGAUGUCAGGAUAAUCAAUGCAACGAGCCCCUGAACCAACCGGCCCCUCCACCGACGGAAACAUGAAUUGCCACUUACUUUCCAAUUCUCUCAAUUCCUUCUCGCUGAAGCCUUUUGGAUUCAGAUCCCCCGGCGUCGCUGGUAAUAUCAUGAUCACUCUUCCUCACGGCAAUGGAACAACUAUCUCAAUCGGAGAAAAUUGGAUGGGCAGAUACGGGUCCUGGUUCCUUCCCGGAAUGCCUACUCUACCACUUGGUGGGUAUUGUGCGAUUUCUGAUGUUACUUUCUGAGAUGGGACUUCGUUCAGUUCGGUUGCCGCUCGGUGAGGAGUCUCUGUAUUCAUUCCCCGUGAAAUGGGUGGGAUUCCUCCGGGUGCUCCGGUUCCCUCCCACGAUCCAAAGACGUACCACGUGGGCUAAUUGGGUAUUGUAAAUUGCGCCCCCCUUCCGUGAUUAGGAUGGCGCUAAUCGGGCUGGGGCAGCAUAUUUGGAAGAGAUGGAAAGACAUUGUAUUACUGAAUGAAUAAUUAAAUAAACGGAUGAAUGCCUGUGCUGAGUUCAUCGCCAGCUG